GUACUCACUGCCUUGCACCUCCUCCGCGACCAGGCUCAAUCCUGUCCUUACGGCAGACGUAGAAAGCAGGCCCUGAAGCGUGCGCAUUUGAUCAACAGAGUUCUGUCGAACUGGCUGUGUUCCGCUCGGUACCGUCCCGGCCCGACCUCGCACUCGUCCGUCGUAUUCCCCUUGCUCCCGAGCGCUGGUGACACCGCACUCGUCGACAUAUUCGACGUCCCCCACAGCCUACUCACUCGUCUACUCUAAUGGCCGACGAGCAAGACGUCCUCCAGGAGCCAAAGCUGGCGCCAGUGUCUACCGACGCCUCCGAGCCCGAGCCCGCGGGGAAGAACGAGCUGUGGGUUAACCCAGCCCCUCCACUGCCGAGGACUUCAUAUCGCCCGGAGAACGCUCUGGAUGACAUUCCUGCGAUAUCCUAUGCUCUCCACGUCUUCCUGCGGUCUCACAUGGUCGAGUCCGAAGAGUUCUGCAAGGAAUACGACCCGAGGAUGGAACGGCUGUAUGUCGCCACAGGUUUCGGCCUGAUCCAGUGUGUGAAGGGCCUGAUGUCUUUCGAGGACGAGGAUUUAGUCGAUGCCAUCGCAAAAGUCCGACACGGCAAUGGCAUUGCCAGCCAGCACAGGAAGCGUGCGGCAUCACUCCCUACUCGCUUGGCCGGCCUAGUGGUCGGCUCCCUGAACACCUCGGGCGUCGGAUUCAUCAAGAGCAUGACUCCCGUAGAACGGCAUGCUGAGCUAGUUUACGCUGAGAGCUUGUUCGAGAAGGCCCUGUUGGGUAUCGUAUAUUCCGGAGACUGGCUUGCGUUCAUCAAGGAAGCCCUGAACAUGAGAACCACAAUCAGCAUCUACCGCCAGCUCGGCAAGUACAUCGAGGCUAUGGACGCGGAAGCUCAAGCCAAAGGCAAGGGUCCCGAGGACAUAUCCAUCGACGCCGAUUUCCGAUCCGGUGUCUACCUUGGCGUCGGCCUCUCAAACCUUAUACUGUCGGUGAUGCCGUCACGCCUGCUAACUAUCGUCGAGCUUUUUGGGUACAAGGGCGACCGCCACGCGGGCCUCGCGUACCUACAACGGGCAGGAGGCUGGACAGCCGAGUCGGACGAGCCCUCGGUCGGCCUAGCGCAGGAGGGAGUGCGGCGCGCUAUCUGUGACAUGUCGCUGCUCAUCUUCCAUCUGGUCCUCUCUAGCUUGACGUUCGAGGGGGUUGAUAUCCGCAUGGCGCAGAAGAUACUCGACUAUCACAUCAAGCGCUAUCCGAACGGUGUCUUCUUCUUGUUCGGCCAAGGCCGUUUACAUUUGGUCCGCAGCCAGCCUGCUGUAGCGCUCGAGUACUACCGAAAGGCGCUGCAAGCUCAGGAACAGUAUCGGAACCUGCAUCAUAUAUCGUUCUGGGAAAUGGCCAUAACCAACCUGGCCCUGUGGGACGUCUCAGCGUCAUUGGAACAUUGGCGCACGCUGGCAGCAGAGGCUUCGUGGUCGAAGUCAACGUACACAUACGGCGUAGCGGUCUGCUUGCUGCAGAUCGGCGGGGAGAAGCAUACUGAGGAAAUUUCCAACCUCAUGGAGAGGGUUCCGGCGCUGCGCAAGCGUAUCGCGGGUAAGUCGAUACCUCUGGAGAAAUUCGUUGCACGCAAAGCACGGAAGUUCCAACAGCAAGGCGGGCGGCUCGCCCUCUCAGCGCUCGAGUUUGCGUACCUUUUCUUGGGUAUCGCACACGCGCCCCGCAACGUCCUGCAGAAGCGCAUGCUGCCGCUCGUCGACGAGCAGCUCACCGAAGUGGAGAAGCAUGCGGCGGAUCCCGGACAAUAUGGCUCGGGCAACGGCGCGGGCGCCGACGAGUUCUGGGACGACAAGUGCCUCGCGAACUUCUUGCGCGCGAUCUGCCUUCGGUACAUCGCGUACCCAGACCCGGACGCCGUCCUGGAUGGAGCAGAUGACCGAGACAUAUUGGAGAAGCGCGCAGGGGCGGAGAAGGACGCCAAGUCGGCGUUCGAGCAAAUCUUCCGCGACGGCCCGAAGAUUGUCUACGACCACUACUUGGUGUACCACGCACACUUCGAGUACGCACGGCUACUGGCGUGUCAAGGAGACAAGGAGGGAGCGCGGGUACACUUGGAGAUGGUUCUGUCUGGCAAGCCACUCGAGGUGGCUCCUGGUUCUCGGAAGGGCAAGUUCAGUAUGGAGAACCAGCUUCAUGUCCGAGCACAUGCUGCGAUGGAGGCUAUUGACCGCGGUAAACGGCUCUAGACACUUCGAAAGACAACUUCCUGGACUUCUUGUAGUGCACCGCACUGGUACGACCUAUCAUGGACUAAUCACGCUAACCGCUCAGAUGAAGUUGAAUUUUAUUGUAUACUACAUCGCGACGCCGAUGGUUGCUAUCCUGGUUUCUAGUUGCGCGAAGAAUGUAUAGAUAGACCGUAUCGCUCAGCAGGUGUAUCGAACAUAUUGCUUGUGUCCU